AAAAAGGGAUAACAAAACACAUAAAUUUUCAACAUAAAGGAUAAUAUUUCAUCAUUUUGUUCAAGUGUUUGAGUAGAUUUAUAUCGAUAAUCUCUCGUCGACAAAAUGAAUGCACCUACACAGCAACCACUUCGUGUGGCAUCGCCAGCGAAAGUACCGAUGAAGGUGUCAGUAAAAAUUCCAAUGAAUUCAACAGCAAAUAUUGCCUCGAUGAUGGCUAUCAACCAGCGUCCUUUUGAUUCAUCACAGCCGGUGGACGCUGUGGGCUCCGAUUUUAAGCGGCUCUUCGUCGAAGCUCUCAAUCCACGCCAGAGUAGUGCAUCGUUUUCAACAUCCUCGUGCAGCUCCUCGAAGUCGUCAAGUGACGAUUCGACUUCUUCCAACAAUUCACGGGAUUCGUCCGAUAUUGACUCUAGUUCCAGUGAACGUGGUACCAGCAGCAGCCGCUCCGGCUCUGUGUCGACGUCUUCGGACGCCGCCAAUGAACCAACUUUGUUUCAAUUAGCCAAAAAUGAGGGACUUCUGAGUGAGGAUGCUCUCCUACAGGAUGAAGAAGAGGAAAUAACGGAGCCAAUAAUACCUCCACGCCCACCUAUCAUUCGGAACUUUCCAUCCCACCUUGACAAAAGAAUAGAGAGCUACGAGGAGCGACUUAAUCGUGAGCAAAAUGCCAUUGUUAUCAAGGACAACAACAAGACGGUAUCGCUUGGGACUAGUAAGGUUAACUAUAUCGACCCCCGUAUUAUUUGUUCAUGGGCUAGGGAGCAAAACGUGCCAAUUAAUAAAAUAUUUUCCGCCACACUCCAGAAAAAGUUUUCGUGGGCUAUGGGCGUACAGAGUUUUAACUUUUAAGAUAACGAUCAUGGCAUUAUAAACAUAGCAGUUGUCUCAAUAGAUUUUCUCAGGGAAUCGGUAGGGGUAAUUUUUUUGUGCGAUAUAUGGGAAAGUAGAUGGAUACACCUAGUAAGCAGAGAUAAUAAUAGUGUAAUAGAAGGUUUGCUUAAACAAAUCCCCUUACGCACAGUAAUGCGAAGUUUUUUGGAUGGAUCGACAAGCUUUCGCAGUGAUCAGAACUUAUAUAUUACCCUGUUGCAAUAGGGUACAAGAGAUACGUCUUCUAUUUUCUCUUGGUGUCCUUUCAUUCCAAUAUAAUCUGUGUUUAUUAUCUUUUAA